AUGGCGCUGGGCGCAUCCGCUUCAUCACUCUCUGCGGCAAAAGUUGCCCUUCGGAAGCAGGUGCGCGCUAGCCUGAAGAUCCUAGAUGACGCAGAGCUGAACCGCCAGAGCGAGGCUGUUUGCGAACGACUGGUGCGAAGCAGCUUCUUCGCCGCGAGCCAGAAGAUCGGUGUCUUUCUCGCGAUGCCCAUGGGAGAGCUUCGAACUGGGCCCGUCUUGCAGCAAGCGUACGCGAGUGGCAAGCAGGUGUUCUGCCCUCGUGUGAUGGGGGAUGGAUGGAUGGAGUUCUUCGAGGUGAGGAGCUUGGAGGAGGCAGCAGCGCUGCCACUGUCCAAGUGGAAGAUCCCUGAGCCCCCGGAGCAUUUUCCCCGAGCGGAUCCAUGGGAUUUGGACCUGAUGCUGGUCCCGGCUGUUGCUUUGGACCUGGCUCGACGGCGCUGUGGCCAGGGCAUGGGCUUCUACGAUCGCUAUGUGCAGCGCGCCAAGCAGCGACCAGACGGAAGCCGGCCUUUACGCACCAUUGGCUUGGGACUUUUGCAGCAGCGCCAAGAGGAAGUGCCCUGCGAGCCCCACGAUGAACUGUUGGAUGCAGUCGUGUUUCCGGAUUGCGAUGUUUUUCCAGAGGAGCGGCCCCCAAACGACCGCGAGGGGUAG